AAACAUUGCCUUGUCAUUUGCUCUUUUUCUACUUCUUUCUUGCUCUCUCUACUCUAGGGGUUUUGGGGGGGUUUAACCUGACCUUGUCUGAGCCCUUCUCCCUCCUCUGUGACUCUGUGGAGUUUAAUGAAGGGUUUCAGAAUGAUUUAAGCUAGCGGGCUAUGUCCUUAACUGGCAUGGCCUCCUUCUCACGCAUCUCCAGGCUCGCUCCAUCACUCUCUCGCAUCUCAUCAGCUUCUUUCUCUGCAAGUUCAAGCCUAAGGGGCUUCUGCACCAAUACCCACGACUCAGAAGACGUAGGAGGCAACGAUUUGUCAACCUCUGAGCAAUCCAAUGGCCCUCAAAGCACCAACAACUCAAGACCUAUUUUUCAGAGACCCUUGGAAAAUGGCCUUGAUGUCGGAAUAUACAAGGCUAUACUAGUUGGGCAAGUCGGGCAGGUUCCUGUUCAGAAGAGGCUGAGGAGUGGGCGAGUUGUAACUCUGUUCUCGUUGGGAACAGGUGGUAUCCGUAAUAACCGGAGGCCUCUUGAUGAUGAAGAUCCUAUGGAGUAUGCAAAUAGGUGUGCAGUUCAAUGGCAUCGUGUUGCUGUGUAUCCAGAGAGAUUGGGUUCACUUGCAAUGCAGAAUGUGAAGCCUGGGUCGCUUCUGUAUUUGGAAGGGAACUUGGAGACAAAAAUUUUUAGUGAUCCUAUUACUGGUCUUGUGAAGCGCAUAAGAGAAAUUGCUAUCAGACGAAAUGGUCGGUUAGUUUUUCUGGGCAAAGAAACUGAUGCUGCAGAAUCAAGCCAAGCAGAUUUAAGAGGCGUCGGUUAUUUCUAACAUUGAUUGGGCGACAAUAUUACAUACUAUAGGGUCCACAUGGGAGACAAUUAGACAGGGAUUGAUACUGGCCAUGAUGCUACGAAGUUAAGUUGUUCAAUUCUACCAAUCAAAUUGUGAUCAUAUACUGAAUUGUGAACAGUUGAGAGAUUCUUGUAUGCCUUUUUCCUAGUGAAUGUAGUGGAUUUUAUAUUCUUGUAAAAGGAUAAAAAGUUUUGAAGUUUUAUUUCUCUUCAAUCAAAUUGUCAUGGACAUGCCUCGAAGUGUUAAAACAAUCAGUAGAAUCUUAUAUGUGUUUUUCC